AGCUACGGAAGCCCGCGCAGUCAAAACAGUCGGAUGGAGCUCGCAAACAGAAAACAAACAGCUUUGAGUGAAAUAAGCUUCUCUGAAUCAAAAACUGUUUUUAUAACCUCUUUAUCUAUGAAUACAUUAGAGAGACGGCGGUUUAACGGAAACAAGGUCCGUCAGUUUUACUUCUCCGUCUCCCGCUCGGCUAACCUCGCUCCACUGCCUCGGUUUGCUAACAGUAGCUAGCUAGUUUGUGUUAAGUUAAACCGGGUCGAACCGGGUUAAACAGCCUCCGUGUGUGAAGAUAUGAUUUCCUGGAUGGUUUAGGACGCUACAAGAAGCUGUGAGCCGUCGGAAGAUGUCAGACGGCGGCGGGUUCCGGUGGACGGUGGUCGUCCUCACCUGCCAGCACAAAGACAGCGUGUACUCGUUUCAGAGAGAGCUGGAGUUGCGGCAGCAGCGUGGCGUUCUCUCUCAGGGUGCGCUGGUUUUAACGGUGAGGGAUCGCCAGGAGCCGCUGGGCAGCGGAGGGGCGACGCUGAACGCUCUGCUGGUCGCUGCCGAACACCUGAGCAACCGAGCCGGACACACCGUGGUGACAGCUGACGUCCUGGAUGAUGCUCACAUCCUCAUCCUCCACACGGGACGAGAUUUUCCCUGGAGCUCCUGCAGCAGAGCGUUCUGUUGGCUGCCUCAAGAGAAGCCUGAUCAGAACGUCCAAGCUCCGGUCUGCUGCCUGGACCUGCUGCUGGACUCCCUCAGCAACCAGAUCUGCCCUGGUUCUCCUCCUGGUGUUUGGGUCUGCAGCACUGACAUGAUCCUCACUGUUCCUCCUGACUUUGUUCUGUCCUGGGACGGCUUCUCUGGUGUUCGGGUUUUGGCGUUACCGGGUGACGUCUCCUAUGCAGCCGAUCAUGGAGUUUAUCUGUCCGACACGCAGGGUCGGGUCAGAGACAUCAUCUACAGAGGAACCACGGAGCAGAUCCAACAGGCUGUGAUGCAUGAUGGGAAAGUGCCACUGGUGUCGGGUCCAGUGUUCUUCUGCAGAUCUGUGUCAGAGAAGUUACUGCAGACUCACGUCACUCCUCCUCUGGACGGCUGCACCUACCUGGGCCUGGACUCUGGAGCUCCGCCCCUCCAGAUCUCGCUCUUCCUGGACAUUUUAAAGUGCCUUUGCUCAGAUCUGACUCUGGACCAGUUUGUGAGUGAAGGCAGUUCAGCGGUCGGACCACAGGGGGCGUCGAUGAGGAGCGGCAGGACGGAGCUGUGGAAGAUCCUGAGAGGAGCUGCACUGAGUCUGGUGUACGUUCCUGGGGGUCGCUAUGACUACAUUACUCUGUCCGGGAAGCGACACGUUGACCGACUGACCCGUGAUUGGACAGAUAGAAACACUUUGUCCCACAUCCAGAGAGAGAGUGUGGUGAGCGAAGGAGGCCGGGUGAUCAACAGCGUUCUGGAGGGAGACGUUACCAUGGCAACCGACACAGUAGUGCAACACUGCCACCUACAGGGUCCUCUGAAUGUCCCGUCGGGUUGUUUGCUGUCAGGUCUUGAGCUGUCAACGUCGCCGUGCAUCAGGCAGCUGGCACUCUGCAAUGACAUCAUCAUCCAGGGACAUCGGAUUGAGCUUGGGGAGCUGAAGCUGAACGUCUACACGGUGGUGGGAGCAAACGACGACCUGCAGGUCUCCCCAAACGACAGUAGCGCCUCCUUCCUCAACCAGGGGUGGAGCCUCUUCUUCAGCAGAACAGGAAUACAGCCAGAGGAGUUGUGGGUCAGAGGAGAAGAGCGCUCCCUCCUGGAGGCACGUCUCUUCCCGGUUCUCCACCCCAGAGGAGGUGUUGUGGGUCUGGAUGGAGGAGUCGGCUGGCUGCUGGGGGGACACGGCUGUCUGAGGAAGUGGAGGGAGGCCUGGAGACUCUCUCUGAAGGAGGUGAUGUCACUCACCCACCAAGAGGUGGAGCUGCAGUGGAGGGAGGAGCUGCUGUUCCUGGCGGGGAGGAGGAGGGUAACCAACGCCCUAAUGAGUCACACCGAUGUCUGCCUGCUGCCCAGCUUCAGGGCCGUGGUGCUGGGAGGCCAGCAGGAGGCGCUGCUAGAAACGCUGGACAGCAUUGCAGCGGGGAGCAUGGAUCAGGGGGUGGAGCCUGGACUACAGCUGGGCGUGGCUGCUCGCUGUUUGUCCUGUAUUGCUGAUGUGUUGGUGUGCAUGGCGGGGGGGAGAGGAGGUCUGAGGAGUGGACCGGCUGCUAACGAGGCCUGGAACUCCGCCUACCUUCUGCUGGAGGGGGGUGACCUGAGGGGUGGAGUCUACGCCCUCACCACGCAGAGACAGCAAUGGCUUGGCAGGCCGGACCUGCUGGUGCGGGCAGCAAGGCAUUACGAGGGCGCCGGGCAGGUGUUGCUACGUCAGGCUGUGAUGUCAUCGCAGAGGUUCAUCUCCAUUGAACAGGGGGAGGUCCAGCUCUUUGGACAGUGGGAGGAAAUGGAGUGUCCGGCCAGACUGGAUCUGGCAGGCGGCUGGAGUGACACUCCACCGAUCGCCUUUGAGCACGGCGGCUCUGUGACCAACGUUGCCGUGAAGGUCGAUGGGAAGCGUCCUAUUGGUGCCAGAGCUCGACUCAUCGUUGAUCCUCACCUGGUGCUGGUCAGCUGCAGCGGAGGGCGAGACAGUGCAGCUUCCUCUACGAUCGUCUGCAACAGCCUGGAUGACCUGAAGGACUACUGUCAGCCUCACGCUCCCGGAGCCCUGCUGAAGGCGGUCUGUGUCUGCAGCGGUCUGGUGUCGCUGGACUCCCAGCAUCCUCUGGGGCAUCAGCUGAAGGAGAGGUGGAGAGGAGGGCUGGAGAUCCACAGCUGGUCUGAGCUGCCAACCGGAUCUGGACUAGGUACCAGCAGCAUCCUGGCGGGGGCGCUGCUGGCUGCAGUCUACAGAUGCACCGGUCGAACCUACGACACAGAUUCCCUGAUCCAUGCAGUGCUUUACCUGGAGCAGAUACUCACUACAGGUGGAGGUUGGCAGGAUCAGGUCGGAGGUCUGGUGGGCGGAGUUAAGGUGGGUCGAUCCAGGGCGUCUCUUCCUCUGCAGGUGGAGGUUGAGCGCCUGCAUCUUUCAGAGGAGUUCCUGGUUUCUCUGGAGCAGCACCUUCUGCUGGUUUACACCGGCAAAACCCGGCUGGCUCGUAACCUGCUGCAGGAUGUUGUUCGUAGUUGGUACAGCCGGCUGCCGUCCAUGGUCCAGAAUGCCCGGCAGCUGGUGUCCAACUCCGAGGAGUGCGCCAGGGCCUGUUUAGAUGGUUCUCUGUCCAGACUGGGUCAGUGUUUGGACCGGUCGUGGCAGCAGAAGAAGCUGAUGGCUCCUGGCUGUGAACCGGCCUCAGUUAGAUCCAUGAUGGAGGCUCUGAGGCCCCUGGUUCUGGGUCAGAGUCUAGCCGGGGCUGGAGGAGGAGGUUUCCUCUAUCUGCUGACCAGAGAGCCUCAACAGAAAGAGGCAGUACUGCAGGUUCUGAACAACACAUCGGGUCUGGGAGACUUCAGUGUUCACUCAGUGGAGCUGGACAUGGACGGGAUCACCGUCCUGCCACCGUCCUAUUUUAGAGGAAGAAAACCAGUGAUUUAUGAGUAAAACUGUGUGAAAUGACGUGUUUAAAUAUUUAUAUUUCAGCUAUAGUAAUGAAUCUACAUCAUCAGCUGUAGAGCUGGUGGCAGCAGUGUUUCUGCCAAAGCUGAGGUCUGUUUUUCUAUAUAUUUUUUAAUGUGGUUUUGAUGAUGAAUCAGUGGGAUUUAUUCUAAGUCUACUGUCCACUAACUGAUUACGAGUAUUGAUCUGUAAAUGAACUGAAUAAAUAUUUAAAGAGCU